UUCCCACCUGAACUCCACCCUGAGAGGUCUCAGCGUCCGCUGAGUCUGUGGUCUGAGGAAAUGAGCGCGAGGGUGAAAAGUGAGAGAAAUAUAAAGAGAGCGGAGCAGUGUGAAGGCGAAGUUCAAACAUGACAUUUACAGGUGAAGGUGGAGGUUCCUUUAUGAUGCGUGUUUGAGGAGAUCCUGGAUGUUGUUUAGGCUCCGCCCUCUUCCCUGCUGAUGAAGCUGGUCUCAGUGUGCUUCUCCCUGAUGGGAAAUAAAGGUGUGUGUGUGAGCGUUGGGGGGUUGGAGGCUGCCCCUGGGCUUCUUAAACAUAACUCCGGCUCUGACACCAGCCGUAAAUGUUCAGGUUUUAAACCCUGAAGCUUCAAAUGUUUCUGAGUGAGUGAGGAGGAGGAGGAGGAGCUGAGGCAGACCAACUUUUCGUGGCUCGUGUCGUUCAGCCUCAGCUCCGGUAACUCGCUGAAGUGCCGCCGGGAUGAAGCGGCAACGUUUCCGUCCUCCGGUGCGCGGCAGAGAGAGGAGAGCGGAGUGAGAGCGUCUCCUUCCUCCCGCACGUUUCUCUUUGCGUUUUUUCGCUUAUCGGUUUGAAAACAGCUCGUGUGCACCUGAGUGACGCUCAGCCCGCAGCAGGAGGAGCGGGGGAGAGCAAGGCUGAUGUUUCACGCCGUGUGUUUGCGUGGAUUCGCUUCUGCGGACGGCGCUGUGCUGACCCAGCCUUCCAGACUUCACGCGAGGACCUGUGGAUUCUUCACUUAAACUUUGUUCCACGCUGUCGUCUCUCUGGUCGUCUCUCAUUGAUCAGAUGUUUCCUGGAGGUACAGCUGCUUCUGCAGGCAGGACGCUGAGAGCUGGUGAGUGUCUGCUCAGGUUUCCUCUCACUCAUCUCCACAUCUGCUCAGAUGAAACAGGGAGGAUGUGAGGUCACACCCUGAGGACCAAACGUUUCUCCAGUUGCAUCAUCAGGAAUUUUGUUUUCCUUGGAAGACCGAGGAACUCAGAGAACUUUAAAGACUUCAAUGGGAAAAACCCGAAACUGCCACAAAGAAGGAAACUAUCCUAAAACCAGAACUAGGUGUUUGCUCUCUGGUGAACCCCAUCUGAGGAAUUCAGGGAGACCCUGGAGGUUCUUCAGUACAUACUGAGAAGAAAGUGAGUGAAACUAACGACACACCUGAAUUAUCCUCCUGGAAGAACCUGCAGCAUUACCUCAGACAAACCUCAGUGAGUUGCCAGACUCAACGGUUUUGAGGGAGGGAUGUGAAGAGAGCUUCUCAGACACUGAGCUGAAACCAGAGGAACUACAUGACAUCCCAGGAGGCUUCUGAAGACGCUGAAAGACUGAAUCUGAAGCUUCCUGAAGGUCUUUCUAAUUUUUUACGUGACCCCCGAGAAAUGCUGAAUGUGGCAGAAGAAACAAAGUAAGUGCGGGUGUACCAAAGAUCCUGAGUGUAAGAAUAUUUAAGAGUUGCUGUAACUGGUCAUAGACUAACACUUUGACCAAUCAGGAUGAGCACUUCAAGGAUCCUGAAGAUCCAUAAAAACAGGAAACUCUGAGGAGGAGGUACUGUGCAGAAACAUGACUUUUGGAAUUCAAAACUUUUAGGUGCUCAAAAUCCUCAAAGACCCCAGAGGAUUCGAAGAGUCGAGUUCUUUAGGAGAAGAAAGUAUUCCAGUGGAACCUGGGGGUGUACCCCAGAUAGUUCAAAAGAACUCCUUGUGGAUCCCCUGAAGGACAGAUGGGGACCUUGCGGGACCUCCAGUAUGCCCUGCAGGAGAAGAUCGAGGAACUUCGGCAACGCGACGCCCUGAUAGACGAGCUGGAGCUGGAGCUGGACCAGAAGGACGAGCUGAUCCAGAGGCUGCAGAAUGAGCUGGACAAGUACCGCUCGGUGAUCCGGCCCGCCACCGCCCAGCAGGUCCAGGCGCAGCAGCAGAGCCUCGUCCUGCAGCCGGACCAGCACCGCAGCAAGCGGCAGGCCAUCUCCGCCGAACCCACCGCCUGUGACAUCAGCGACCUGUGCCAUGUGACCCUGCCCUUCUACCCCAAGAGCCCAGAAUCGAAGGAGCUGAUAAAGGAGGCCAUCUUGGACAAUGACUUCAUGAAGAACCUGGAGCUGUCUCAGAUUCAGGAGAUCGUGGAUUGCAUGUACCCGGUGGAUUAUGGGAAGGACUCGUGCAUCAUUAAAGAGGGUGACGUGGGCUCGCUGGUGUUUGUGAUGGAAGAAGGGAAGGUGGAGGUGACGAAGGAGGGGAUGAAGCUGUGCACGAUGGGACCGGGCAAAGUGUUCGGAGAGCUCGCCAUACUCUACAACUGCACCAGGACGGCGACGGUGCAGACUCUGACCCAUGUGAAGCUGUGGGCCAUCGACCGGCAGUGCUUCCAGACCAUCAUGAUGAGAACCGGACUCAUCAAACACGCCGAGUACAUGGACUUCCUGAAGAGCGUUCCCACCUUCCAGAGUCUUCCUGAGGAAACUCUCAGCAAACUGGCGGAUGUCAUGGAGGAGACUCAUUAUUCGGAUGGAGAGUACAUCAUCAGACAGGGAGCCCGAGGAGACACCUUCUUCAUCAUCAGCAAAGGGAAGGUCAAUGUGACCCAGGGGGAUUCAGCCACCCAGCAGCCUGUACACCUCAGGGAGCUCGUCAAGGGAGACUGGUUUGGAGAGAGAGCACUACAGGGGGAGGAUGUCAGAACAGCCAACGUGGUUGCCACGGAGCCGGUCACCUGCCUGGUCAUCGACAGAGAAUACGAGGCGGAGAACGCCUUCUUCUCCAGUCUGAAACUCACUGACUUCAACAUCAUCGACACGCUGGGAGUCGGAGGCUUCGGACGCGUCGAACUGGUGCAGCUGAAGAGCGAAGAGGCAAAGACGUUCGCCAUGAAGAUCCUGAAGAAGCGUCACAUCGUGGACACGAGGCAGCAGGAGCACAUUCGCUCUGAGAAGCACAUCAUGACCGAGGCGCACUCGGACUUCAUCGUCAGGUUGUACCGCACCUUUAAAGACAGUAAAUAUCUGUACAUGCUGAUGGAGGCGUGUCUGGGCGGAGAGCUGUGGACCAUCCUGAGAGACCGGGGCUCCUUUGAAGAUUCCACCACCAGGUUCUACACGGGCUGCGUGGUCGAAGCGUUCGCCUACCUGCACGCCAAAGGCAUCAUUUACAGAGACCUGAAACCCGAAAACCUCAUUCUGGACAGCCGAGGAUACGCCAAGCUGGUGGACUUUGGCUUUGCUAAGAAAAUUGGUUUUUGUAAGAAGACGUGGACGUUCUGCGGGACGCCGGAGUACGUCGCUCCAGAGAUCAUCCUCAACAAGGGUCAUGACGUCUCUGCUGACUACUGGUCUCUGGGUAUUCUGAUGUACGAGCUGCUGACCGGCAGCCCUCCGUUUUCAGGUCCAGAUCCAAUGAAAACCUACAAUGUCAUCCUGAGAGGCAUCGACAUGAUCGAGUUUCCAAAGAAAAUCACCAAGAACGCCGCCAGUCUCAUCAAGAAGCUCUGCAGGGAUAAUCCUUCAGAGAGACUCGGAAACCUCAAAAAUGGAGUCAAAGACAUCCAGAAACACAAGUGGUUUGAAGGUUUUAACUGGGAGGGUCUGAGAAAAGGAACGCUGACUCCGCCCAUCACACCAGAUGUCUCCUCUGCGAUUGAUACGAGCAACUUUGACAGUUUCCCUGAAGACACGGAUGAACCACCACCAGAUGACAACUCUGGGUGGGACUAUGACUUCUAAAGUGGCAGCCAUCAGUUUACACCAACACCCAGAGCUUGACACUUUAUGAAGAAGACGAUGACUUCUCAGCGGGCUGAACGAAGGCUGCGUGGGCAUCUUGGUGAAAUAUCCUACCUGAAGUGAUUGUGUUGUUCUAAGCAUGGCUGUAAACUUCUAGGAGUCAAACGCUGAGGAUUUGAGGACCUAGUGCAUGGAAGUUCAUAAAGGGAAAUGGACUCCAGGCCUUUCCUUGGUCGAACUGGUCAAGCUGGUCUCUGCUAACAGGAGGAACCCACCCACCAUCACACCUGAGAGCAGGAAGCUGAAGCAGUUCAGGCAUCAAACAAACUGCCUCUUAACAUCACACGUUUGUUCUUUUUUCAUAUUAAGACAAUGUAGGAUGAUUUCUCGAGGCACUCGGGGCACGAAGUCAGUCCUACAAACAUCUUUUGCUUUGAUGGUGAUUUUCAGCAAAUAGAUAAAAGCAUGUUUUUAACUUUUACAACAGAAAUGAUGUCAGCUUUUAGAAACCUGUCGGGACCCCGGGAGGUUAACGGUACAGCUACAAAAAAGGAUCUGCGGCAUAGAAAAAGUCAGUGAUGCCUCUGAAUAUCUCAUGAACCCAAAGAAGCCUGAUUCCUUGUUUGGCUACAGAUGAACUUUGGUCAUGUCCCUCCAACAGAAGUCAAGGACCUGCGCAGCUCUAUCUUUAUGUGCCGUUUACUGCUGCAAGAGUUUCUGUCCCAUAUGUUGCUGUAAAACAACUUCUUUCAGCCCUCUGAAAUCAGGAAAUAAGUUUGAUUAACACAUAGACAAUUUCUCGUUACGUUAACCGGCUGCUCCUUCAGCCUGUGUACAGCAGCCAAGACUGUGCAGUAACUUCAUCCACACAAUACAGAAGAAAUAAUUGGAUGUUCCUUAGAGACAAAACAAAUGCCUUGAGUUAGUGACACAGCACAGGCCUUUUUGGAUCCUCAUUCAACCGACACGUUUCACAGGAAGUGAUGUUUACCAUAAAUCUGAUGUCUGCUUUCAUCAAAGAUACCUGACAUCUUGACAGUUCAACAAAAUCAUCCCAAAGUGUUUCUGGCAGCAAUGAACAAGGCUAGAUUACCAACCUACCAAAGUGGGGAACUUCUCCAAGGCCCCAGGUCCUCCGUGGUUCCACAAACCGAAGGACUUCUUUAUGAUAAUUACUUUUAGUAACGUCAACACAAGGUUACCCUAUGAGGACUUAAACCAGAAGCCCUCCUGCAUACUUCCCCUGUGACAGCAUCACUUUCACAAUCCGAGAACAACGUCGAGUCAUCCUUCCCAUACUUCCUGAAGACACUGAAGGCAUCAUAGUCCUGCUUUUCCUACAAGUGGAAAACUUGUGCUUCUCUCAAGUGGCCUUGAUAACUGACAGUUGAACUUUGACCCCCUCAGGGGGGAGAUCACUCUCCUACUGCUUGCUGUUUGAUUAGGUGGUAGAUUUGGAAGGUUCUGGAGACCCUCACAGAGGGCUGGAGGAUGGUUAUGUUCCUCUGUGGCGUGAAGAACCGCACCGAGUGAAAUAAAGACAAACUGAGACCGAACACACAAACCUGAGGUCACCAUGAUGCCUUCACUUCCUGUUUCAUUUUCUGGAACUUCAGAUCCAAAGAUGGAUAGAAAGAAAACAAUGCUGGGCGUAGUAGCGAUCUUCACCCCCAAAGGAUAACGGGGUAGUGAUGCAAACAUUUCUUUAAGCUUUCCUUUCUGUCAUUCUUUAUAUUGUGAGUCUUUGAAUUGCUGCAUGAGAACUGAUGUUUUGAACAAUUUUCCAAGACUUCCUCCAUGUUUUUUGGACAUGAAUUAGACAGCGUGCUUUGAUUUCUUCUGAGCUGUUGGUCUGAAGACGUUUAAAACUGUGCAGGUUUCUGGAGUGUUUCCAUUUUUUUGCAAUGCAUCAAAACCUUUUUGUUCAGAACACGUUAGGAUGACGCGUCUACGACUUGGCGGUGGACAGGUGGAGAAAAAAUAGCUUCCGUUACGUCUUCAUGCUGACAGUAACUCCGUCACAAAGUGGACCUCUAGUAUUGUUGAGUUGAUGAGUCUGCAGUUUGUUUGCUUCCAAACAUGAGAUGAAAAGAUCAAAUUUGCAGUAAUUUAAAUUUGUACUGAUGACGUGUUUUUGUGGCCUUUUGUAAAAGCAGCUAACAGUCUCCAGUUUGUUAUGAAGUCUUUAUCUUCAGCAGUCGGAUUUCGCUGUGGUUUUUCUGUAGAAUGAUCAGUGAUGUGACGUCUGUGAGCUCUGCAUGACAACAACAGUAUGUUCAGUUUUCACCAGCAGAGGGCAGCACACAGUCAGACUUCCACAAAGUAGCCUGUGCUGGGCUUUUCCAGCAAAUAUUCCAGUGGAAAAACAUGAAGGUGGGAGUCCAGUGAGGGAUGGAGACCUCACUGAUGGUUUCUGGGAUGUGGAGAACAACACCACCUACGAGCCUCGCUAAUUAUCAUUAAUUUCCUAUUAUAUCUGAGUAGUUUGAAGUGGAGGACGACUUCAUAGUCUAAAAACCUCAAACUAGAAUUUUCAAUCACAGGUCAUACUUUACUCAAAACGGAGAAAUAUCUGUUUCCUCUGACUGACUGGCUCCAUCUGCUGGACAGAGCUAAAAUACUCCUGAUGGGGACAAUCAGAGUCCGACGACAAUAAAAUGCACAAAACAAAUAAGACACGUAUUUGGACCAGAAGGAGAAAUAUUCAUGUUUAUAUCAAAGUCAUGAUGCUUUGUGUUUGUGUGAUGAAGCUCAAGUGUCAUUGGUUUAUUUGUAUAUACUGGGGAUAUUGUGUUUUGAUGAUGUUUUCAGUUGUUUGUUAUUAUUAUUAUUAUUGUUAUUAUUACCUUUGCUACAGUGGCUGUUGCAGUAGCUGAAGAAGCCUUCUGACUCUUUCCGUCUCUCAGUGGAAAAAGCUGUACGGUGAUGACUGUUAACAGAAAAACUCUUUGCCAAAGCUGCUCGAUCUGUUUAAAAAAAUAAAAGCUGUAAAAAAAACAACGUUUCUGUUUUUUAUUUAUAAAAUGAAGCAAUGACAAAUGACAUUCAAAAUUCUGAUGUUGUUCCAGCCCACAACACAAUAAAAUAUAUUAUUAACAUGAAAUAUGGGAGUGUGAGGAGGGUGCACAGGUACUGGUGCAUUUAAACACCUGAAGGAGGCGCAAUGGUGCUUGUGUGUUUGUGAGUCCACACCGGGGUAAAUGAGCCUUCAAGUGUAGCGCUUCAUGACACCCUUAAGACGAGAUUUCCAAGCGAGACGUGGCAUCAUGGCAGUUAUCGCAAAGUUCUGAGCAUGAACAAUUAAGAAUACUACAUGUGAAU